CUGCAGGGUCUAACGGCGAACGACCCACCCGACCGGAGCCACGUCGUUAAUGCUAACAUUUUUAUGGUGCUACACCAUUAUUAAUGCACACUAAGAAUGUAGUUCAAAUAGCACAUUUAGCUCCACAAUAUCCUUCUUGGACGUCGCCGUUCUCGACAUUGCAACGCAGCCACGGAAGCUAAACUCGGACCAACCGCAAGAAUGCUUACAUAAAUGCUAGCUCUUCUCUUUCCUCGUCCUCUUCACGUCUCGAAACGAACGCUCUCACCUAUCUAGGGAAACUCCAAACGUGGCCCAUGCGCGAGCGACGGCGCCCGCUGACAUGCUGCUCACCGCAAAGAGGGCAGCCGUGCAGCUAGUUUGUGGCACUCAGCAGAUGAAAAAGCUCACAAACCGGGGGAUCAUAUGAUGCUGCUUUUACUAACCCUCAGGGUGAUCUGCGAGCGGCACUCCACUGCCUGAGAAGAAGCGACCUUGGCGGGGGAAACUCCGAUGGAGGAGGAGCAUCUGGGCUCCCCGCAAUUGGAUCUGACUGAUUCGGACCCCUGGCUGCCUCGUGAUCUUCAGCACUUGAAUGGGGAGGCCAAGGGUGAAAUAAAGGAGACGACGAUAUGGCUGAUGCGGGAUGUGAGCUGCGGCGCUGUCGCCGCCGCGCUUUCCUUCGCCACAGCGCAAUGGGAGAUCCCUGACGGCGUCGCCGAGAGGACAUCUUUCAGAACUGACUGCGAUUCUGGACACGAUAUUUCGCUGCACGAACCUUGUCAUGGUGAUGAAGUGGAACAUAGAGAGGAACAAAAUGAUGCUGACUCAUCAGUGAACCUGACAGGAAAUGACUUCAAGCCAUGUGAUGAUGCCGCAGCGGCUCAAGAGCCCACAACGCAACAAAGGGAACAUUCAACGCAUCAGAUCGUAGACGACAGUCAUAACGCAUUGAAAUCUGACUCGGAGGAGGAGGAGGAAGACGGCGUCACGGCCAAUGCGGUUAGUACCACUGCGGAUUUACGGCCGGACAAACCACGGGAGGAGGAGACAAAUGUGGCGAUGACAGGGCGCGCCGACUCAGCGGGAGCUCAAACUUCAUUUCGAGGUUCCAAGAUGGCGGACGGGAGCCAAGCGGGGAAUGGAACCAAUGACGAAUGCGUCUCCAACACUGUGGAGGCACCGGCGCAGCCAAAGCAAACUGACAAUACCGGACCAACCUUAAAGGUUCUUGCUGCAGGAAGUCAAAAGGUCCCAGCAGCUCAUGAUGCAGGGAAAGAACCGCAAAAGUUAUCCCAUGACAACGGGCUGCCCCAAAAACACUGUGAAGACCCGGUCCAGUUGGAACAGCCUCAACUUUCAGAAGAACCACACUCUUCAAACCAGCUUGCGGAUCCCGCUGGCAAAGAGAGGAAGGUCGAGACUAAGCCAUCGCACCAAACCAAGCAUGAGGUCUCUUUGGUACUUACUCUUACCAAUCAAGCCCCAAAGUCAAACGAGGCGCAGGCAAGCGCCCUAAACGGAUCCGGGCCGGUACUUGUGGCGAACGGUGAGCCAAGGAGAACGGCCGAGUCGGCGGCGGCACUUUGCAUGAACGGAGGCGAUAUGGACCGGGAGAAGGUGCUCCAGCUCGCAGAGCGGCUCUUCAAGCUGGAUGGGAUCCAGCGUGUAGAUGUGGUCAAGCACUUGGACAAAGACAACUCCUUCAGUCGUGCAGUUGGCGAAGAGUACCUCAGGUUCUUUGACUUCACUGGGCAAACUCUGGCUCAAGCUCUGAGGUCUUUCCUUAAAGUGGUCAUCCUGCUCGGAGAGACGCAGGAGCGCGAGCGGGUGCUCCAGCACUUCGCCGGCCGCUACCAUCAAUGCAACCCGGACUCCUUCUCCUCACCAGGGGCUGUGCUCGCCAUCACCUGCGCUCUGAUGCUCCUCAACACGGACCUGCACGGACAGAACGUAGGCAAAGCCAUGUCCUCGUCCCGGUUUGUGUCCAACCUGGAGGGCAUGAAUGACGGAGAGAACUUCAGCAAGGAUCUGCUGAAAGGUCUUUACAACUCCAUCAAGAGCGAGCCGCUGCAAUGGGCCAUCGACGAGGAGGAGCUGACCUCGGCGUUGACAGAGGAGGUGGACGCGCCGCUGCGCUCCAAGAGCAACCCCUUCCAGGACGUCCCUCACGACAAGGCGGCCCCCGUUAUCAAGCAGGGCUUCAUCCAGAGGAAGCUCCACGCCGAUAUUGACGGCAAGCGCACUCCUUGGGGGAAGAGACGCUGGAAAACCUUUUAUGGCGUGCUGAAGGGAAUGGUCUUUUACUUACAGAAGGACCACAGCAGGGGGGAGCAGCAGACCAACGAGGAGGUGGUUAGCGUCCAUCACUCGCUGGCCGAGCCGGCGGCCGACUACACCAAGAAGCCGCACGUCUUCCGUUUGCAGACUGCCGACUGGCGAGUUUUUCUAUUUCAAGCGUCAUCCAAAAUGGAGAUGACCUCUUGGAUCAGCCGCAUUAACUUGGUGUCGGCGCUUCACUCCGCUCCGCCCUUCCCCGCCGCCGUCGGCUCCCAGCGGAGGUUCUGUCGACCCAUCCUGCCUGCCUCGCAGUCCGCGCACACGCUCGAACGCCAGCUGCAGUCUCACGCCGGAAUGCUGGAGUCCUUCAAGACGGACCUGUCGUACCUCCAGCAGAACCCCCCGGAGGGCAAAAAAGCCCGAGGCAAGGAGAUGGAGGAGCACCGCACCAGGGCCGAGUACCUGCAGCACGAGAUAUGUCGCUACGAGAGCUACACGCGAGUGCUGGAGGCCUGGAAGGGCGUGGAGAGGACGGGAAACGGCGCUCUGAUCGCCCCCGCCCUCAGCUUGUUCGACAAAGCCAUGUGCGCUUCCCCGGUGGCCGAGGAGGGAGAGGAAGAUGAAGGCCACCUGACAAAGUCCCACUCCAGCCCCUCCCUCGACCUGGACAUGGGGUCACAGAGCGGCGUCAAAAUCAAACGCAACGUCUCCGAACGAUGGACUUACCGGAGAGUCUCACCUCGGUUGAAUAAGGACGCAUGACAGCAAGAUGGAACGUUCAGUGACAAUUGUUUAUUCCUGGUACAAAUUGAAACCCGACCACUCGUAUCCUUUUGUUUUUUCACCUCGUGCACUUUGACAAAAUUUACCUCAGGGAUUCCUAAAGGCAAAGAACCUGAUUCAUUUGUUUAUUGACCAAAAAUGUGUGGACCUGAUUGACUUAUCGUAUGCUGUGUCGCACUCGUUCCAAUGGGCCUAUCUGGUUUUUGACCGCUAGGUGGUGCUCUAGUUCAAGUAGCGUUUUGGAGGAUGUUCCGAUUGCACUUUUUCAAUCUGUUUAUGUUAAGUCAUCAUGUCAUUUUUAUGAUUGUUUUGUUCAUAUGAAGGGUCCGUUUUGAAAUGUGUUCAAUCUUUCCAAUGCUGGAGAUGUUUUUUUUUUAUUUUUUAAAUUGGUACCAAACAAAUAAUAUUUGUCAUCUCAUGUCAUAAUAUCUGCUUGAUAUUCACAUUUAAAUAUAAAAUAUAGUGAAGACUGAAUUUUUUUCGCCGCCUAUAAUUUUUCACCUGAAUUAAACUGUUUGUCAUAUCUUGAAAA